GUCAGUAAUCACAAUGCAAACAUACUACUUAUUUCUUAUGCAAAAUCGCAAGUUAUUUGCUCUAUGCACAUUCGCAUUAACCAUUGUAUUUCUGUAUACACUUAUGCUUUUCUGGAGUUCAUAUCCAUUAGAUAUGUGUUCUCAACUCAUAUCUGUAAAUCGUUUAUCUGAAAAAUCAUAUCAUCUAAUCAUCAAAAAGGUGGAAAUAUUUUCAUGGAUUCACCAUCAACUCUACCAUUUCUUAUCAACGAAUUAAUGCGCAUUAAUCAUUCUGUCCACGAUGAAUUAAUUAGCCUGCAUCAACGACGUAAAGAAUUAGUCGAUGCUAAUAGUGUUCUUCAAAAUCAAGUUGAACGUUUAAGAUCUGUUCUUGUAGAACAAUCAAGACAAAUAAUGCGCCUCAAAGUUACUUUGGAUUCCUAUCAACAGAAAAUUUCAGACAUGAAUAAUUUGCCAAGCAUAUUUUAUCAUAAAUGGCCAGUUGUUCAGAUUAAAUUUGACGAAAAAUUUAAGAAACAUACUGACAGUGUUAUUUCAAAUGAAGUUUGUACUAUAGAAUCAUGUAUUGACUGGAAUCGAUGUCGUCAUACAAGAUUCCUACGAUUUUGUACCGACUCGUAUAUCUUAAACAAUUCACCGCUGUCUCAAGAAUUACUUCAAAGUUCACCACAUUUUACUGAAAGUUGUAAUAUUAAUCAUUCUGCAUGUCUAAGGCUAUUGUUUGGUAUUCAAGGAAUUCGUAAAUGUACUCUAGAAAGGAAUACUAAUUCAAUGAAUUCUCCAACCUGUAUUGUUUUAUUUCAAAAUUCUUCGGAACUUGAUGAUAUUUAUCGAAAAUACAAUUAUUCAACAAAUCAUCAAUUCAACUUUUUAUUAGUGGCUUAUUCAUUUCCUCAAAAAACAUUUCGACGUGGAUUUGAUUUCUUACUUCCAGUUAAUUAUGCUAUUUUAUGUAGAAAUUCUGAAAAGAUGUGCUCUAAUAAUGCUCCUUUACAUCUACUACCAGGUAGACGUUCAUUAUUGUUAAGCUUUAAAGUUGGCAUAUUAACUAGAAGUCAUAUUAGAAAUAAAUUUUCACCAUUAAACAAUUGGGUUGUCAAACAUUUGAAACAAUUCGAUGAAGAUAGUCACAAAAAGAAUGAAUCAGGUUCUCUUAUUUCUAUAUCGAUUUAUCAGACAAAUGAAAAGAAAGAAAACUGUUGGUCACAUAAGUAUAAAGAAUUUCUGAUACAAAAUUCUUUGUUAGAUUCAGAUUGGUUUCCGUGUGAGGAUGGUUCAUCACUUCUACGCCAAUCAACAUUUGGACUGAUAAUGACUCCUUCAAAAAAUUCACAUCUCAGUUUUGGAAUACGUGUGCAGUUAGUCGUCUGUUUAGCUAAUGGUGCUAUUCCUGUUUUUCUUGGAAAUGAUAACUUAUACAGUGAUGAAGGUAUUGAUGAACAAUCAUUGUCUAAAGCUGUCAUACGUGUUCCUUUACCUCGAGUUGAAGAACUUCCAGUCAUACUCCAGUCGUUACCUGAAACACAUAUUGUAGAAAUUCGCCGACAGGGGCAAAUUUUAUUCCAGCGUUAUUUGAAGGACAGGUCAUCACAACUCACAACUUUAUUAUUGGCCGUUAGCCGACGCCUCGGCUUCCCUCAGCCUCCUGCUCCGUAUUAUCCGAGUAAACCAGCCUACAGGGAGUUUACACCGCCUAAACAAUAUCCUGUACAUAAAGAGAAUAACAUUCAAGCUGAUUUAGAUGAUUUUCUUGGUCCCACAGGACCACAACAGUCUUCUAUCAGUUAUCAGUCGAAUUACACGGGCCCAGGUGGUUCAGCUCAUUUCGCAAGGGUUUCUUUUCACGAUGACGCUAAUAUUGUUAAUCCAUUUUGGUUAUUCCCCUCAACACCUUGGGAACCUGUACUUCCAUCUGAUGCUGCAUUCAAACCUUAUGCUUCAACUAAUUAUGGUUUGAGACCGAUCAAUCAUUCUAUUAAUCUUGCCGGAUAUGAGUUCAAUAUGAAUUUAGGUGGAAUGUACCCAUAUGAGCAGUUUACGAUUGUCAUGCUUACUUAUGAUCGUUACCACCUGUUAUGUCAAACUUUGGAGAGCUUUUUAAACCUUCCCUAUUUACAUUCAAUUUUGAUUAUUUGGAAUAAUCCUGUUCCUCCACAUCCUGAUCUUAGCUGGCCACAAUUACAUGUUCCAAUCAAAGUAAUCCACAGUCAAAAUAACAGUUUGAACAAUCGAUUUUUACCCUAUGAUCUGAUAGAAACCGAUGCAAUACUAUCAAUAGACGAUGAUAUUCAGCUGCGUCAUGAUGAAAUUGUUUUUGGUUUUCGUAUAUGGCGUGAACAUCGUGAUCAGUUAGUUGGAUUUCCAGCAAGAGCACAUUUUUGGAAUGCUUCUGACAGUUCAUGGUUUUAUAAUUCGGAUUAUACUUGUGAAUUUUCAAUGAUUCUCACUGGAGCUGCAUUUCUUCAUAAAUAUUAUACAUUUGCGUAUACAUGGGAGAUGUCAUUGGAUAUUCGUAACAUGGUGGAUAGCUAUUUCAAUUGUGAAGAUAUAGCGAUGAAUUUCCUUAUUGCUCAUAUAACCAGAAAACCUCCCCUUAAAGUUACUCUUCACUGGUCGUUCGACUGCAUUUACUGUGGAUCUACUCUACAUGACCGUCCUGACCAUUAUAACUCCCGAUCCCGGUGCAUUAAUUGGUUGACAAAUCAUUAUGGUUAUAAUCCUCUUAUAUAUAGUCAAUACAGAGCUGAUUCACUUCUUUUUAAGACACGUAUCCCACCUAAUAAGCAGAAAUGUUAUAAAUACAUAUAA